GAGAAGGCUGGCAUACAGAGCCAAUAAGAAAACACAGGCGGUUAGAGGGGGAAGAGAGCGGAGCAGGAGGAGUCAGUGAUUCUAGUGGCUUCUUUCAAAUGUCCCUACCCUUCCCCUCUUUUUUUCUAUUAAUAUAAUUUGUUUGUAUAUCUUCCACACUUUUAAUUAUAUUUCUGCUCACUUUCAUACCCCACAAAUUCAAAUAGAGCCUGAGAGACAAAGUCUGCUAUGACAACAUUUUUGAAACCAUCAAACUCGCUAAUCUACCCACUGCCUUCACAGAUAAGGAGACAAAGAUAUAGAUAGAGAAGAAAGCUGCAAGGAGGGGCAUUUCUGAGAAAAAGAUCUGAACCUCUCUGUGUUCACUUAGAUAUUUGACAAGGAAGUUUUGAUUUUUUGCUUCUCUGUGGCCAUCUUUCUAUUGGGUUCUAUCUAUACCUUGCAAAUUUCAAAGAAAAACAGAGAUAAACAGAUUUGAUUUGCUGGAUAAACCUUUCAAAUUCUUCAAGUUCUGGUUUUUUCAGUUCAGCUUCGGGGAAUUAAAGAUCAUUGGAAUGCUCUGAGAAGGAAGAAGGUAGAUAGCUAGCUUUGCAUGGCGAGUCACAGAAUAGGACAGAGUGGUUUGUCUGAGUCAUCGCCUUCAGGCCAUCACUAUGGACUACUUCACGGGAUUAAUAAUACUCCUGCGGCAUCCAGCUUAAUCAAUCAAGGGUCUGCUUUUGAUUUUGGAGAGCUGGAAGAGGCAAUUGUUCUGCAAGGAGUAGACAUUAGAAAUGAUGAAGGCAGAGCACCUUUAUUCAUAUCCAGGCCUGCAGCUACUACUCUGGAAAUGUUCCCGUCUUGGCCAAUCAGAUUUCAGCAAACCCAUAGAGUAGUGGGAGGACCAAAGUCAGGAGGAGAAAGCGCUGAUUCAGGAUCAGCUGUUAACACCAUAUCAAACAAAACUGAGCCUCAGCUUGAAUUUGAACCAGAAUCUCCCAUUAGUAAGAAAGCAUCUUCUUCUUCAGACCUUCAUCGUCAUCAUCAGAAGCAACAGCAACUUCAACAGGAGAUGGCAAGUGAUGCCUCAAGAACAGGCCCAUCACAGAAUCAAUCACCUGCCAAAUCACCUCAGGAAAAGAAGAAGGGAGCAGGUUCUUCAUCCGAAAAACAACUUGAUGCAAAGACACUGAGACGUCUAGCUCAAAACAGAGAGGCUGCAAGGAAGAGCCGUCUGAGGAAAAAGGCUUACGUGCAGCAGCUAGAGUCCAGUAGGAUCAAGCUUACCCAGAUUGAACAAGACCUUCAAAGAGCCCGCUCUCAGGGAUUGUUCUUAGGCUGUGCUGGUGCAGGUGGCAACAUAAGCUCCGGAGCGGCAAUAUUUGACAUGGAAUAUGCAAGAUGGCUAGAGGAAGACCACCGGCACGUGACGGAGUUACGGGCGGCGUUGCAGGCGGCGUUAUCGGACAGUGAGCUUAGAAUAAUGGUGGACGGAUAUCUGUCUCAUUACGACGAGAUCUUCAGGCUCAAAGGAGCCGCUGCAAAAUCAGACGUUUUUCAUCUCAUCACCGGCAUGUGGACCUCUCCUGCUGAACGCUGCUUCCUAUGGAUGGGUGGUUUCAGACCCUCUGAACUCAUCACGAUGUUGAUUCAGCAGCUAGAGCCGCUGGCUGAGCAGCAGAUUAUGGGAAUGUACGGUCUCAGACAUUCUUCACAGCAAGCAGAAGAGGCUCUCUCUCAAGGCCAUGAACAGCUCCAGCAGUCCCUCGUCGACACCAUUGCCGGCGGCCCCGUCGGCGACGGCGUGCAACAGAUGGUCAUCGCCAUGAGCAAGCUCGCCAAUCUUGAAGGAUUCGUCCGCCAGGCUGAUAACUUGAGGCAACAGACACUUCACCAGUUAUGCAGAUUGCUGACAAUCCGUCAGGCAGCAAGAUGCUUCCUCGUAAUGGGAGAGUAUUAUGGUCGCCUUCGUGCCCUCAGUUCUCUCUGGGCUUCCAGACCUCGAGAGACGAUGAUGAACGAGGAUAAUUCGUGCCAAACAACGACGACGGAAUUGCAGAUGGUUCAACCUCAUCAUCAUCAUCAGAAUCAUUUUGGCAGUUUCUGAGGUAGAAUUAGAUCCAACUCUUUAGUUUCAAAUUAAAGCCGGUGGUCCGAUCUCUAUCAUUAUCUCAUACAUAUUUCUUUUUUAUUUUCUUAUAUAAAGUAUCUGUAUCUCUUUGGACUGUUUUUUAUUGUAAAUGUAAAUCGAUUGCAUAUAAUUAUAUUAAUGUAUUAAUGAAUGAA